AUGGUGGCUAAGAAUUGCAAGAAUCUUGAGAUUCUAAAACGGAAUAUGAUGGAUCCUUGCGAGGUCGAGAGAUUAGAGUACACGAGGUUCGUGCCUCAGAACUAUUUGGAUAACAACCCUAUCGACAUUUAUAGGAAUGUUGAUGCUCAUACAAUUGUGAAACACAUGCGACAUCUGAAUCUGAAGCACUUGGAACUUCGAUUCUCCACAUUGACUGAUAAAGCUUUUGACAGACUUUGUAAAGCUUGCUCGAGUCUAGAAUAUCUUGACUUGUUCGGGUGUAAAAACUUAACUAGCGAUGGUGUGUCUAACAGUACCUCGCGCUUGAAGAAUUUGAAGAAGCUCAAGAAACCAAAUUUUACAGCUAUAUAA